AUGGGCCCCCCGGAGCCACCGGAGCGGCUGGAGGUGGUGGGGCUGCUGCGGGAACCCGCCUUCCACGUGGCCAAGGGCACGGCGGAGGCCCUGAAGCUGAAGUUCCCGAAGAAGUUUGCCGACCCUGUAAUACGCCCCAUGUAUGAAUUCGCCUGGCAUGAGUAUUUACAGGAGAAAAAGAAGUGAUGGCGGGGGCUGGGCGGGUGCCUGCUGGGCGACGAGCAGCAGCUGCUCCGCUGGGCCCGCCGCGCGUGGCAGCACCGCGACUUCGCGCCGCCCGCCCUGCGCCAGGCCAUCGCCGAGGACUUCUGCACCAAGCACAUGCGGGACAGCCAGCACGUGUUUGUGUACUUGGAUAUAACCAUUCAGGAACAGCCCAUCGGGAGACUUUUAUUUGAGCUCUUUUCUGAUGUGUGUCCCAAAACGUGUGAGAAUUUCCGUGUUUUGUGCACGGGAGGCAUCACGUCACCUUCCAGCGGUCUCCAUCUCACCUACAAAAACUCAGUUUUCCAUCGAGUAGUGGAAAACGGAUGGAUUCAAGGAGGAGACAUUGUAGCCGGAAGAGGAGACGGAGGGGAAUCGAUCUACGGUCCCACCUUUGAAGAUGAAAACUUUGCCAUCCGUCACAGCAAGAGAGGGAUUCUGGGCAUGGCCAACAAGGGCCGCCACAGCAACGGCUCGCAGUUCUACGUCACCCUGCAGCCAGCUCCCUACCUGGACAAAAAGCACGUGGCUUUUGGGCAGCUCAUUGAGGGCACGGAGACUCUUCAGAAACUGGAGGCCGUGUCCACAUACAAUGAGAGGCCUGUUGAAGAAUGUAAGAUUGUUAACUGUGGGGUCUUUGAGCCAUGA